UGUUUCCGAGACCAUGGACUGCUGAUAGCAACCGUCAUGUCUGUGGUGGUGGGAGGGGCGGUCGGGGUGUUCUGUCGCCAGCUGAACCUCUCCCCUGAAACCAUCCAGCUCAUUGGAUUCCCGGGCGAGAUAUUCAUGAGGAUGCUGAAGGUGCUUAUUCUCCCAUUGAUUGUUGCAAGCAUGAUCACAGGUAUUGCAAAUGUGGACAGCAAGUCGUCGGGAAGAAUGGGACUCAUCACUAUGGGCUAUUAUAUUGCCUCUACUGUGAUCGCGCUGAUGAUUGGCGUGAUGCUGGUGUUCACCAUCAAGCCUGGACAGAUGACUUCUACAGUCCCCCCUGUACCACUUGACACCCCCGCACACUCUCCAACCCCCGGACAGGUGCUUCUAGAUCUGGUCAGGUUUUCUCCAAUUGGGAUUUUGUGUCUCAUUGCUGGAAAGAUUCUGUCUGUGCAGGAUCUGACAGGAACAGUGCGUCAUCUGGGGAUAUACAUGGCCACGGGUCUGGCUGGUGUCAUCAUCCAUAUGUUCCUGGUCGUACCAUUGAUGUACUUUAUUGUCACUCGGAGAAAUCCCUACAGGGUAUUGUAUGGAGUUGCACAAGCCCUGGUCACAGCACUAGCGACUGAGUCCAGCUCUGCUACACUGCUGGUAUCUAUACGUUGCUGUGAGGAGAACUUGAAGGUUCACAAGAGCAUCGCCCGCUUUGUGCUGCCCAUAGGUGCUACCAUCAACAUGGAUGGAUCUGCUAUGAUCAACUGCAUUUCUGCAGUUUAUGUUGCUCAACUUAACGGUAUAAGUCUUGGGUUGGCCAACGUUUUAAAUCUUUGCCUCCUCAACAUCAUGGCCAGUAUUGGAAUUGCUGGUGUCCCUGGCAGUGGCAUCCCGUCCCUUCUCAUGAUACUGAACUCAGCCGGACUCCCCACACACGACAUACCCCUGCUCCUCGCUGUCGACUGGUUCACGAGUCGGAUUGCAACAGUCACCAAUGUGUGUGGGGACUGCGUGGCUACAUCCUGUGUCCAUCACCUCUUGAAGCCAUACGCUGAUGACGUGACUCUGGGUGAUCGCGCACCUGCUGGUGGCUCCAUGGUUCACGAAUAUGAAACUGUGUAGAGCGAAGAAUCCAGUGGCCAAUGUCAAUGAUAAUGUCAACGACCCUUUGUGUGUUUCCCAUAUUUGUCACGGCCACUCAGACGAUGUUGACAGUCGGCCUGUCCUGUCAUAACAUUACAAAGUGCACACAGCCAUAAAACGAAACAAGGUAACAAUUCGAAUAUAUUUGUUUUAAUGUGUGGAAAAGGUUCUAAGCCGCAGAGGUCUACAAGCACAGAUGUGGAGAGUGAUCCUGCUUGGCUUGUGCCCUCGCUAAAUUGUUUCGCAGUUUAUAUCUCCAAAGUCUCAAAACGUGUAAAAUGCCUUAGCUAAGUCACAGUUAGACACUGGUUUUCAAUAUAUUAGACUAUUCUUUUCAUAAUGAUAGCAAUUAUACCAGUAGUUUCUCUAGAUUCCAGAUGGUUAAUUCUGACUCGGUCGCCGAAUGACAAGGGCUACGCCAUGUUUGUUUAUAAACAGUGAAAGUAGUCCCUACUUGACCUUUGAUAUUUGCAUCUCUAUCGGGAUAUGACCCCAACGGAUAUUGUUUUUUGCGGCAUUUCUGCAUGUGUGACCACCUAUGGUUAGGAUAUCCUAUUUUAAUACCUCCCUCAAUACA